GGACCCACGUGAGAGCCGGAGACUGGGUACGAGUCUGCCUGGGAGCUUGUGAAGGUAUUUGGUUUCUUUUUUGCACCUGUCCAGUCACACUUCAAAAUGGCAUCCAAGCAAGAAAUAAUGAGUGACCAGCGGUUUAAGCGAGUGACAAAGGACCCAAGAUUUUGGGAAAUGCCAGAAAAGGAUCGAAAAAUUAAAAUUGACAAGAGAUUUCGGGCAAUGUUUCAUGACAAAAAGUUCAAGUUGAAUUAUGCUGUUGAUAAACGAGGCCGACCUAUCAACCACAGCACCACAGAGGACUUGAAACGUUUUUAUGAACUUUCAGAUUCUGAUUCUGAUUUAUCAGAUGAAGAUAAGAAAGAAUUGAACCAAAAGAAAUUGAAGAAGAAAAAACCUCAGACUAAAAACAAAAUAGAACCAAAGAAUCCUGUUGAUAAAAAGAAAGAAACUAAGAAAACAAGUCAAAAGGAUUUUGAAAAUAAAAGUGAUCUAGAUGUCUCUGACAUGGUUCAGAAAAUUAAGAACUCUUGCAAAUCUCAGAAGGUGGGUUCAAAAAUAAGUCCCAAGAAAAAUAGUGAAGAAUUUACGCAAACAAGUACAAAAGGAAAAAAAAAAGUACAACAGACUGCAGACUUGGGUCCCAAAGGAAAAUUAAAGACAGCAGACUCUGAAAUUGUAAAAUUUCCCAAUGUCAAGUAUUCUGAGAUGAGAAGAAAAAUGUGUUCAGUUUCACUCAAAACGGCGAGAGACGGUAGUAGUUCUGAAGACUUGGUGGAUGGUGAAAUGUUUGACAAAGAUGACCUGGAGGAAGAUUCAGAAAGUGCUAGUGAAAUAGACGGUGAUGAAAAAUCUGAACAUGAAGUUAUGAGCAGUGAUGGAAGGUCAACUGAUGAUGAAGUUAAUGAUGAAGAAGAUGAAGACAAUGAUAGUGAGGAUGAUGAUGAAAGUGAGAGUGGUCCUGAUCUUGCAAGGGGUAAAGGAAAUAUAGAAACUAGUUCAGAAGAUGAAGAUGAUCUAGAAGAUUUGCUUCCAGGGGAAUCGGCUUUUGAGCAUGCUUGGAGAGAAUUAGAUAAAGAUGCUCCUCGGGCAGAUGAGAUUACACGUCGGUUAGCAGUUUGCAACAUGGACUGGGAUAGAUUAAAGGCCAAAGACUUGCUUGCUCUGUUCAAUUCAUUUAAGCCUAAAGGUGGAGUCAUAUUUUCUGUAAAGAUUUAUCCCUCAGAGUUUGGAAAGGAGAGGAUGAAGGAAGAACAAGUUCAAGGACCAGUGGAGUUAUUAAGUAUACCUGAAGAUGCUUCUGAAAAAGACUGGACCUCGAGAGAAAAAUUGAGAGAUUAUCAAUUCAAACGACUGAAGUAUUAUUAUGCAGUGGUGGACUGUGAUUCUCCUGAAACAGCUAGUAAAAUUUAUGAGGAUUGUGACGGCCUGGAAUUUGAAAGUAGCUGUUCAUUCAUAGACUUAAGGUUUAUACCAGAUGAUAUUACUUUUGAUGAUGAGCCCAAGGACAUAGCCUCAGAGGUGGAUUUAACAGCAUAUAAACCAAAAUAUUUCACAUCUGCUGCAAUGGGAACAUCAACGGUGGAGAUCACCUGGGAUGAGACUGAUCAUGAAAGAAUUACAACACUCAAUCGGAAAUUUAAAAAAGAAGAGCUUUUGGACAUGGAUUUUCAAGCCUACUUAGCUUCAUCUAGUGAAGAUGAAGUCGAGCUAGAAGAGGAGCUACAAGAUGAUAAUGAAGGUAACGUAGAAGACAAUGGACAAGCAAAGAAAACACAGAAGGAUGAUGAAGAACAAAUUGCUAAAUACAAGCAGCUCUUGCAAGUUAUCCAAGAAAAAGAAAAGAAAGGAAAAGAAAAUGAUAUGGAAAUGGAAAUUAAAUGGGUUCCAGGUCUCAAAGAAAGUGCAGAAGAGAUGGUUAAAAACAAAUUGGAAGGAAAGGAUAAACUCACCCCUUGGGAACAAUUUUUAGAGAAGAAGAAAGAGAAAAAAAGACUGAAAAAGAAACAGAAGGCUCUUGCUGAAGAGGCCAGUGAAGAUGAACUUCCUUCUGAUGUUGAUAUGAAUGACCCAUACUUCGCUGAAGAAGUUAAAAAAAUAGGUAUAAAGAAAAAUUUGAAAUCUGCAAAAGAUGGCACCUGUCCAGUAGAGGAAGCAGAAGUAGAAAGACAGAAGGCUGAAAUAGCUUUGCUCCUGAUGGAUGAGGAGGAGGAGAACAAGAAACACUUCAAUUACAACAAAAUUGUAGAGCACCAGAAUCUUAGCAAAAAGAAGAAAAAACGGCUCAUAAAAAAGAAGGAAUUAAUACAAGAUGAUUUUGAGGUAAAUGUUAAAGAUACCCGGUUUCAGGCAAUGUAUACUUCCCACUUGUUUAAUUUGGAUCCUUCAGAUCCUAAUUUCAAGAAAACAAAAGCUAUGGAACAAAUCCUUGAGGAGAAAGCCCGGCAGAGAGAACAAAAAGAACAAGAACUUCAACAGGCAAUAAAGAAAAAAGAGAGUGAAAUUCAAAAAGAGUCACAAAAGAAGUCCAUUGAUCCUGCCUUGUCAGUGUUAAUUAAAUCUGUAAAAUACAAAACAGAGCAGUUUCAAGCAAGAAAAAAACAGAAAGUCAAAUAGCUGUAUGUUUUGUCUUUUUGGAUUAAGUGUAUUAUCUCCUAAACUGUACAGAAAUGGCAGGAUGAAUAUUCAUUGGGAACAAAAAAUAAGAAUAAACUCUGGUCUUCAUGAAAUUUCUCUAUACAGUGGGAUGAGACUUUAUUAUGAUUGACAUAUUUAUACUGUACAUUCCAACAGUUUAAUCAUAAUUCAGGGCACCUUAAUUAUGGAAUUUAUCGAAUUUUUAUUUUAAAAAAUUCAGUUCAUUGUAGUAGAAUAUUACUAUGUUAACUUUUUAAGAAACUUUACAGUUCUAAAAUAAUAGAACAGUGCCUCAUCUGAAGUCUCAAUGAAAGAAUUUUUUUUAAAUGUAUGUAAGUACAUUAAUUUCUCGAGAAAGGAGGCAAACUUAAAUAUCUAUUAAAAUAAUUUAUUUUUGGUAGCCAUGGUGAAUGAAAGCUAAGAACUUUCUUUGUUGUUUCAUCAUGUUUAUUACAGUUCAUUUUUUAAAUUUUGCAAAUAAAAGUGAAAUAUUCUUACUA